AAUUCAGCCAUCUAAUCGAAAUCCUCGUCUCCUGGACCAAUUCGUUCUGAACGGUUCGUGACCUGUUUCGUGAUUCACUUUUUCACGGAUGCUCGACGGUCUCGAGGACGACGUCGACUACCUGUUCCUCAGUAUCGUAGCUCGCAGUAGUGCCGUGUGAGGUGAACGUAACGCACACCGGAUUGGGGUCUAGCAGGAAAAUCGACGGAAAAUAGAGAAGAAAAAGAAGAAGAAGAAGAAGGAGAGGAUACCAAGAUGCCCUGUUCCGCGGUGACGCUGUCCCUCGCGACCAUAACCGGUAUCAUUGCCACUGGCCUCCUGGCGAUCGCCUUUUCCACGGACAACUGGCUCUACACCGAGGUCAAGCGCGCCCAAAUCCAGCAAUAUGCAGCCAAGCAUGCCGAGCAGAGCCACUUGGUGGAGCAAAUGAAUACGAAGUACUAUUACUACACGAGGACGCAGGGUCUCUUCAGGAUAUGCUAUCCCAAAGAAAGGCCACCGACUGUUCAAACGUACCUAAGUCCUGUGGAGACACACUGUAUGAACAUCAAUUACUUCAUCCCCGAUGAGGAAAAUCUGACGAGAGGCUUCUCCGACGACGCAAUGACUCGACUUCACAUGGGCAGAUCUGUGAUUGCUCUGUUUAUAGUGGGAUUCGUCGCAAUCUUUACGGCAUUCUGGACGGGAGUGGUAGGCUGUUGGAAGAGGUCACCAGGAAAUAUCACAGCCACCGCAAUCUUGAUGUUGCUAGCAUGCCUAUUGAGUGCCAGCGCUAUGGGACUUUGGCAUGGUGUGGAAUACUAUGAGAAAGAGAAAAUCGUCGGUGAAGAAUACUACCAACAAUGGAGCAACGUUUUAAGAGACAACACGGUGCAGUGGUACGGCUGGUCAUUUUACCUUGCCUGGCUGGGGGUGGCCACGUGUUUAGGCACGAUGACGCUAUUUCUGAUCGCGGCAUCCUGCCUCCGGCGGGAACAUGCCCGCGAACAGGCACAGAACGUUCAAUACAUCAUGCCAGUAUAUCCUCAAAAGCAACAGUACGCUUAUGCCGGCUACCCAGCACCGGCAGCAUAUCCAGGACCAUACUACCACGGAUCGCAGUACGGACCAUACAACUACUGAAGAAGCCUCGUGUCAUCUCUACCAACAGUGGAAAGAGUCUAGAGUGCGGAGCGUGAAACGUGCUCGCAAUGAACAAAACAUAAUCUGGCAAGCGAUGAUCCCCAAAGGGAAUGAUAAAAAAAGAAACGAACGAGACAAAAAACGAAGACUCCGAGAGGCCGAUCGUAAAUCCCAAACCGAGCCUGUGCGGGGAGAGAAAAAAAAAAGCAGAGAAGAAGGACGACCUUGGGUCCCGCCCUAGGCAUAAUUUAUCAUUUGUUUUAAACGCUACGUUAUGGACGUUGUGGUGCAUACCCGCGGGUCCCACGAUCUCCCAUCUCCCUUUUCUCUUUCGGCAGGUGUCCGUUUGGUACGUGAUCGCUCGCACGGGAUUCAGUUUGACUCGCGAGAAAGACAAUUGCUCAAAAACAAUCCGCGUACUUACUUAGAACUGGGAUGACCCUCUAUAUAUAUUUUUUCUUUUUCAAAUCUAAUAUUUGUACUGCAUUACUCUUCGUAUGUGCUGUUCGUGCUAGGACAAUAAUAAUAGUAAUGGUAAUAGUAAUAAUAAUGCGUCUUGAGCGUGGAAGAGAUAUACAUACAUACCUGGUCGUUGAUUACAUGUUUGAUUGGCUACAUGAUCUUUCUCAGGGGAAUCAGGAACGUUUACCGUUCAGCAUUUAUCCCGCAAUAUCGUGACGUCGAAUUUCUGAAAGUACUGUAUGAUUGAUGAGGUUAACCAUUUAUUCUGAGUGUCUUACUUUCAACUACUUUUUUAUUCUUACUGUAAAUUGACGGCAUCGUAUCACUGAAUGCGUCAUUACCUUUGUUUGCAUUCUAGCAAGAAAUUUGUUAAUUGCAGGAAGAAUAAUUAACAGUAAGGAGAAAUCGGUAACUAAGUAAGAGUUAGUAAAUCAAGGGGAAAGUACGUGGAAUAAAUAUUGCGGUGAAAUCUUUGUUUAUUUAUGUUCUAAUCGAGUAGAAAUUUCGAUCGUGGUUGUUAAAAGAAAAAUUCGGCAACAUGGUGCAAGAGAAACAUCCAUUAGUCAGAUCGAUGUAAAUGGCAGAAAGCGUAAAAUGGGUGCAUCGUAUCAUUCACAAAUAUCUCAUUUCAUAAGAACGAUUCGCAUCAUCGACUCACUAGACUUUCUAACGUAUAGAUCUUUUCUUUUUUUAAUAACGACAUGUAAGAUUUUUUG